AUGGCGCCCGAAGCCGUCGAAACCGGCGAAGAAGUCGUCACCAAUGGUGUCAAGAGAGGCCACGAGAAAUCGGGCUGCGAUGGCCUGCGUUUGAAGCGCAGCAAAGUCUCGUGCGAGCAGACAGGAACCCCGGCUGGUCUUGCAGUAAACGGAGACAAGAGAUCUCUGGCCUCGACUCUCUUCGCACCUCAAGCGACAGCCAAGAUAUGGGGUGUCGCUCAGCAAGGCUUCUCUUUGCCAUGGCCUCCAACUCUGUUUCCGGAAUACACCAAGCCAGGCGGCACGAAGUACGUCUACCGCGAGCUGGAUUUCUGGACGUUCGCCUGCAAAUGGUGGACGGAAGCCCUCCACCCCAACGCGCAGCUCACGACGACCCACGACCUCGGCUUCAUGAUCUUCCCCUGGGCCAGGCCGGCCUGGGAGCUGAGCCACGACCACCGGGCGUACCAGACGGCGAUCACGGCGGCCAAGUCGCUGUACGGCAGAUACAAUCCAGUCGUCAAAUCGAUUCGUUCAUGGGAUGUCUGCGUGACAAAACGGUACAAGUUCCUGGACCCCAGCAAAGACUUCCUCGUCAUCAUCGACAACAUGAUGAACCUCGACAUAAUCUUCUGGGCCGCCGCCCAGCUCGGCGACCGAGAAAUGCACGACGCAGCCGUCGCGCACGCCGAGACCACGCGAAAACACCACGUCCGCCAGGACGCCUCGACGUACCACGUCGUCAACUUCGACCAGACGACCGGCCUCCCGAAACAGAAAAUCACCAACCAGGGCCACUCGGACGAGUCGUCCUGGGCGCGGGGCCAAGCCUGGGCCGUGGCGGGCUUCGCGCAGACGUACGGCUGGACGCGCGACGUCUCGUUUCUCGAUACGGCGGUCUCCUGCGCCGAGUACUUCCUCGUGGAGCUCCCGCCGAGCGGGAUCCCGCCUUGGGACUUUUCCGCUCCGAAGGACACACCGCAACCCCCGGACGUCAGCGCCGCGAUGAUCGCGGCGUACGGGAUGCUCUUGAUCCAUGAGGCGUUGACGUCGCUAGGGAAGGAGUCUGAGUACUUGGGACAUGCCAUCAGGCUGAUUAAGGCGGCUUGCAGUGGGCAUACGAACGGCGGGGGCAGGUAUAUCAGAUCUCGGAGGACGACCGAGACAGUUGAGCAUGGUGUGGUUGAGGAGGAGGUUGGUUGGGAGGUGGAUAUGGAGGGAGAGCCCGAGACGAUUCUCAACGGGGCGACGAUUAACAACUAUGAGUUCGCGCCGCGGAGGUGGGCGGACCAUGGAUUGGUCUAUGCCGAUUACUUCUGUCUUCUGGCGGGAAACAAGCUGUUGGAAAUGGGGGUUCCGAACUUGUUCGAGGGGAGUGCUUGA